GCUUCUGGUUUUGUAUUCCACGAGUGCUGAGGGGCCUGAUUACUUGCGUUGUUUUAUGUUUUAUCGUUCAGUUUGUAUCGAGUUCCCCUACGGUGAUGUGCUAGGAAGACCGAGACAUACAGCGUUUAGCAAGCGUUUUUGCCUACGAUCGCGGAACCACUGGAGUUGUUCGACAACAUCAUUCCAAUCCGCAAUCUCUCGCACUCUCGCAGUUUCCACCUUCAGGUUAGAAAAGUGCGCCUGUCUGAUUCCCUCGCUUUAAAUAACCACCACAGAGCACUUCGGAGGCAGCAGGAAGUAGGAAAGGUGCGCAACGUCGACACAACAAGACCAAACAAUCUCUGAUCAACAACAUUAUCCACCUUCCGGGAGUUUCAAGGGACGUCUUGUUCGUGUCUAACUUUUCCUCAUCCACCGAAAGUGCACCAGCUCUUGGCAUGCCCUUUUGCCAGUUGCUGUGGUAGAGAAAAACUUCUUGUUCAACAUUGACCAAGAAAGCGAGCUGAAUCAGCAUCGAACGAAAGAGAGAGAUAGUGUGCGGGGUGGAAGAACUCCAUUUGAAGAUCGGAUACAAACGGCCCAACCUGACGACCAAACUCGGUAAGGCGUGAGCGGACAGCGGACAGUUCCUCAACCGUGCAGCAUUCAGAAACGUUUGUCACGCCGUUCGGCUGCCAACCGAAGCCUCGAACUACUCCUACGAACGACCAAGGUUGGAAAGAAAAAUUGUAUCGACUGCAAAAAACCGUAGGCAAAACAGACAACACAGUAAACAUAUAAUCAGAAAAGCGCCGGGAAAAAAUUAUAGCAAGUGAUGGUAAUCAUAGCAUAAAAAGUCCAGCCAACGAACGACGACCGAAGUGCGCGAACGGCCUCAGAAGAAAAACGAGUGAAAUUAUAAAUAAAAAUAUGAAAAAGAAAGUGAAUUGAAUUUUAAUUCCCCCGCCCGAGAAGAGAAGCCACGCGAAAGGGUGGACCGAAGAAAACCAAGCGCAACUGGUGUGAAUUAAGAAGAAGAAGAAACCCCAGCCAACAUCAAAGCUUAAAAAGAUAAAGAAGAAGAAGAAAAUCCAAGAGUGCAAGGGAAAUAAAGUUAAAAUAAUUUAAUAAAGUGUGGAAAUACAUAUCAACUGCGAAAACAUGCUUUUCCCAAGCCCCUAGCGUAUGAUAAUGAUAAAGAGUGAGACCAGUGCUAGUGAGAGAGCGAACCAAGGUAACGAUUAAUCCCUGGGUGCAAAAGAAGAGGAAAAAAGCUGCGAAAAAGAGCCGUGGGUGAAUGAUCCAAAGUGUUCGUAGUUUGCACGCUUUCAUGUGUCACUUUUACUCUCAAGGCAGGCGGCACGUAUCUAGUUAAGUCUGGUUGUGUUCGGACAGAUUCCUUCCUCGGUUAUCCUCUAAAAUUUAUUGAUUUAUCGUUCCCCGUCCGAAGAGUUUUCCAAGGAGAUUUAAAAAUCUUAAAGUUUUUUGUUUCACUUCCUUCUCUGUCUCUUUCCCCUUCAGCUCUUGAUGGUUAUUGAUGAAGUGGCUGGGAAGCAAUUGUGAAACGUCGGUUCCUAUCUUCAGCAAAUCCAUCUGCGUCAUCCACCCGCAUCUUCGCGCUUUUGGGGACCAGCAGUCCACAAUUUUUCAACCAUCCCUUAUGAAGUAAGAUGUUAGGUCCCACCAAAUGGAGACUCCUAACGAUAGUCGCCGGAAUAUUACUCGCCCAUGCCAUUGAAUCGCCCAACAGCAAGAGCAACAAACUCAAGGGCCAGGUUCGCACCUUCACAAAUCCUGAUCUUGGUCUUCGGAUAGAACAGAUCGAACCUUGGGGUAGCCGAACGAUCACCUCGCGAAAUCUACUCGUUCCCCAUGAAACAUUCUCCAACAUCGACAAUGUUCGGUACAUCGACAGUCGGACGGCAAACCGCCGUUUGCUGAGAAAUACUUUUGGAGCAUUUAGAUUUGCUGAACCACUACAACCUCAGCCAUACCCAGUGCCUUUGCAGCAGCCUCUAGUUUCCCAACAGCGAAGAGCCAAAACUCUCCAAAACCGUCGUUCCGACGAUGGAUCACAACAGCCAGGUGUGCGAUUAGCGCAUCCCGAUCCAUCUCAACCCCUACCGAAUGCAGAACCUCUCCCCGAGGCACUUGCUCUUUAUCAGGAUGAAGAUCCCUACAUCCUCGGUCUUCAGAAUGUCACAAAAUCUCGAUCCAUGCGUUAUAAGCUCAUUCCAAUCGGGUACUUCUACCAGGAACCAAACUCACCUCCCGUUCUGACCCCAAUUCAAAAUACGCAACCUCCUAAGGUAACCCAAAACGAUGAACCCCAUCACGUGGUUUUCCCCACCAACAACCCCCAACAUGAACCUGCAACCAUCAGUCCUCAAUCCAACAGCUCCCAAUCCGAGCUUAACACCAUGGGAGCUCGAAGAUCCGGAAUUCAAUUCCCCCCGGGUCCGUACAAAGUCGCGAACUCCUUCACACCGCAAGGCUACAGCGAAGACAACUUUGCAUUCGCCGAAAGCCUAGGCGUGUACCAUCGUCCGGUGCACACCGCCGAGGAUUACGAAGACGCUGAAACGUUCGACACCCGGCAGCAGCGUUCCCCAACGGCGGCUCCCACCCAAGAAACCGACUCCAGCGAAAUUUCCCGUAACAUGUACGCCACCCGUUACUUCCGUGAGUUUCCGCGUCCCUCACCGACCCCGUUGGACCUUAGACCCGCAGAAUCCCUAGUCCGACCUAGCCGGCUAAUCGAGUUCCCCGGUGUGGUGAACGUCAAGCAGCCUUUCCGCGAUGACGUAACCAAGUUUGGGGAUGUGAAUGGGCCCAUAACUGCGGUUCAGCGGCCGUACAUUGACUACGGAGAUGGCAAACGCUACCGGGCAUACGAUCCGAACUAUUUCGUCAGCAGUCCCUACCAGCAGAAUCAACCCUACUUCCCAUCGAAGCUGUACACCGAGCCGAGCCAGAAGAUCUACCAGCCACCGUGGAAAUCUUCGCGCUCGCCGAGGGUUGUGUUCCCGCAGGGCGAUCUUACCGGUCCGUCCGGAUUCGGUAUAGAUAAUGUUGUUUUCAGGGAUCAAAACUUCGGCUUGAACGAGUUGGCAGCGAUCCAGGAUGUGCGGAACGAGUUCAACCAGGAUGACAUCAACGACGACCCAUCGACGACCGGCAAAGAUCGAGUUGAUCUCGCAAUCUAUAGACCAUAUGUAAUCUCACCACCUACCAUCCAAAAUCCCUACCCCGUAUCAAAAGCGCACACAGUAAGCAAACUGCCAAACUACCGCGUCGUCUAUCCUCCUAAACGAGCAUCUAGAUCUAAAGCUAGCUCCUAUGCAACUACUAGUACUACUACUACUACAGCUACUCAUAACGCAGUUGGUGGUGAUGGUGGUAGCGGAGGAGGCAUCGUCGGAGGAGGAGCAGCAGGAGGAGGUGGACUUCGGGGCGGAGUCCGAUCGGAGAUGCAGUGUCAACACGAGGGCGGAACCUGCGAGUUCUUCCUGCUCUGCUGGAUGUCCGGCGGGCUGCUGCAGGGUUCGUGCGGCGGGCUGCUCAAAGGUUGCUGCCACCGGACGGCCAAAUCGGCCAACAUCGGCAUCGACACCGGCAACACGAUCGACCUGACAAAUCUUCCAAAUUACGAUUACGGUCCGGUACAGAACGAACCUAGCUGCGGUAUCUCGUUAGCGAAACAGACGGCUCAGCGAAGGAUUGUGGGCGGCGAUGACGCCGGCUUUGGUUCGUUCCCCUGGCAAGCCUAUAUUCGAAUAGGCUCAUCGAGAUGCGGGGGUUCGCUGAUAUCGCGGCGCCACGUGGUCACCGCUGGACACUGCGUUGCCCGGGCGACUCCGCGUCAAGUGCACGUAACCCUCGGGGACUACGUGAUCAACUCGGCCGUCGAACCGCUGCCGGCCUAUACGUUUGGGGUGCGCUCGAUCAACGUCCAUCCGUACUUCAAGUUCACCCCGCAGGCGGAUCGCUUCGACGUGGCAGUCCUCACGCUGGAACGUACCGUGCACUUUAUGCCACACAUCGCACCCAUCUGUCUACCGGAGAAGAACGAAGAUUUUCUAGGGAAGUUCGGCUGGGCGGCCGGCUGGGGAGCGCUCAAUCCCGGCUCGAGGCUGAGACCGAAGACGCUGCAAGCGGUUGACGUUCCUGUGCUGGAUAACAGAGUUUGCGAGAGGUGGCAUCGCUCGAACGGAAUCAACGUGGUAAUUUAUCCGGAGAUGCUAUGCGCUGGCUAUCGAGGCGGCGGCAAGGACUCCUGCCAGGGUGACUCCGGAGGGCCACUGAUGCACGAGAAAAGCGGACGAUGGUAUCUGAUAGGUAUCGUGUCAGCGGGAUACUCCUGUGCCACUCGGGGUCAACCCGGUAUCUAUCAUCGCGUCGCCAAUACCGUGGACUGGAUUUCACACAUCGUGCAGGUGUCACAGCAACAAUAGCUAAGAAGGAACGAAUCGACGAGGCGUUCUGAUUGAAAAGAGGAGACGAAGCGUGGAAGAACCAGAGGAGAAAGCACCAACAGUCACAUUUUCACGGAGCAUCGAGAGGAAUGUGCACCCGAAUCACCCCUCCGAAGAAGCACCACCCCCCAAACGUAUUUCAUUCGGACGAGAACCAGUCUCGUUCGACGCAUAAACUGUUGAUCCUUGCUCUUCACUUUCCGGUGUUAGUUCUAUUUAUCAAGCAUUGAAGCGAGUUUUAUGAUUUGAGAGAAACUUGAACAAAAAUUAUUUAUGUAUUUAUUGAAUUUUACAAUGUAAAAAAGUGAAGCCUUAAGUGCACUCGAAGACAAGCUAGACGUAUUUAUGCUGAAAAACCUUCUCCAGCCUUCGGUUCUAUCCUGCUAUUGCGCGAGAUCUACCGCUUCUGUAAAGUAAAUGUGUUCUUUAUAAAUGAGAAAAAUAAACCUGAUUGUGAUAUAUGUACUGAUGAUGAGAGGAUCCUGGGUGAAAGCUAGCCAAUAAACGUUAAAAAAAAAACAAAUAGUAAAAGUGAACAAAGCACCCACCAAGCGAGGAAUCUGAAUAUGAGUAAAAAAAAACAAAUGAGACAACACUAAUAACAUGUUUCUGUGAAACUGUUCAAUUAGUCUGAGCCCUGUACGUAGUAAUGCAAACAAGAGACAACCACACAAAACGUCGUAAAACUAAUUCUAUCACUUACUAUACAGUUUUCUGAGAGCGCCAGCCGUGCAGGCCUUGCUUCGAAGCGCAAAAGAUGAGGAGCGCACGUGCCAAUCUGUACCGCUUAAGACGAUCAGUCGAAUUCUUUAUGUAAAUAAGCAAGCUAUCUGUAACCUCUAUCCGCCCUAAAUUUUCCGACCUCCCUCACGGUAGGCUUCUAUCAAGCCACACACCCCCACACGCCUACGUAGGUAUCAGUUUAGUCGAUUUUUAACAAGAGGAAAAAUGAUUAGUAGAUAGCUCGCGAUCGCCACGCGACUGAAACUAACGAAAAAAUAAUGCAGCAGGAAAAAAAAAACAACUCGAUCAACUAUCAGACUAGAAUAGAGUGGAGGAACGCCCCCCAAAAUUGUUACCAACAUGAAUAUAUGUAUUUUGUAAUAAAGAUGAAAA